AGGGACUGCACAGGCUGACUGGGAGCUUGCUGACGGUCCCUGUCUGCUUGGGGAGCUGGGAUGCUGCAAGCCGGCAGGUGAGAGGUUAACCCCGUGGAUUAUUCCAGAUAGCGGUGUAUUUGGGGGGGAUAUGGAGGAUAGGCUGGGAGUGGGAUCUGGUAGUGCAGGUGCAGUGUUUGUUUUUGAGGCUGGGUCCAUCGUAUAUUGAAUGUCUCCUACUAUGUGUGUGCUGGCUGUUUAUUGCUGGGGUGCAGACACAUUGUCAGGGAGUUCUGUGUAUUUAAUACAGGGGGAAGGGGCAGGAUCCCAGGAGCUGACAUAUUACUGCUAGGGUGAAUGGGCAUGGUAUGUCUUAUUGCUAGAAUAAAGGGGCAUGACUUGUCUUAUUACUGCUGGGGUAAAGGGGCAUGAAAUGUCUUAUUGCUAGAAUAAAGGGGCAUGACUUGUCUUCAUACUGCUAGGGUGAAGGGGCAUGCCCACAAGAGCUGUCUUAUUCUUCUGAUAAAUAGCAAUGUUUUAUUUUUGGGGUAAAGGGGCGCUCCCAGGAGCUGUGUUAUUAUUGGGGUAAAGGGGCGCUCCCAGGAGCUGUGUUAUUAUUGGGGUAAAGGGGCGCUCCCAGGAGCUGUGUUAUUAUUGGGGUAAAGGGGCGCUCCCAGGAGCUGUUAUUAUUAGGGUAAAGGGGCGCUCCCAGGAGCUGUUAUUAUUAGGGUAAAGGGGCGCUCCCAGGAGCUGUUAUUAUUGGGGUAAAGGGGCGCUCCCAGGAGCUGUUAUUAGGGUAUAAGGGGCGCUCCGAGGAGCUGUUAUUAUUAGGGUAAAGGGGUGCUCCGAGGAGCUGUUAUUAUUAGGGUAAAGGGGUGCUCCCAGGAGCUGCUGUUAUUAGGGUAAAGGGGUGCUCCCAGGAGCUGUUGUUAUUAGGGUAUAAGGGUCGCUCCGAGGAGCUGUUAUUAUUAGGGUAAAGGGGCGCUCCCAGGAGCAGUGUUAUUAUUAGGGUAAAGGGGCAUGCUCCCAGGAGCGGUGUUAUUAUUAGGGUAAAGGGGCGCUCCCAGGAGCGGUGUUAUUAUUAGGGUAAAGGGGCGCUCCCAGGAGCAGUGUUAUUAUUAGGGUAAAGGGACGCCCUCCCAGGACCUGUGUUAUUAGGGUAAGGGGGCAUGCUCCCAGGAGCUGUGUUAUUAGGGUCAAGGGGCACCAUCCCAGGAGCUGUCAUUAUUAAGGUUAAAAGGAUGCUCCCAGGAGCUCUGUUAUUAUUAAGGUAAAGAAGCGCUCACAGGAGCUGUGUUAUUAUUAGGGUAAAGGGGCGCUCCCAGGAGCUGUGUUAUUAUUAGGGUAAAGGGGCGCUCCCAGGAGCGGUGUUAUUAUUAGGGUAAAGGGGCGCUCUCCCAGGAGCGGUGUUAUUAGGGUAAGGGGGCACUCCAAGGAGCUGUUAUUAUUAGGGUAAAGGGGCACGCUCCCAGGAGCUGUGUUAUUAGGGUAAGGGGGCAUGCUCCGAGGAGCCAUUUUAUUAGGUAAAGGAGCGCUCCGUGGAGCUGUUAUUAUUAGGGUAAAGGGGCACGAUCCCUGGAGCUGUUAUUAUUAGGGUAAAGGGGCACGAUCCCUGGAGCUGUCAUUAUUAAGGUAAAGAAGCGCUCCCAGGAGCUGUGUUGUUAUUGGGGUAAAGGGCAUGGUCCCAGGAGUGGUCAUUAAUAAGGUUAAAAGGAUGCUCCCAGGAGCUGUUUUAUUAUUGGGGUAAUGGGGCGCUCCCAGGAGCUGUGUUAUUAUUAGGGUAAAGGGGCACGCUCCCAGGAGCGGUGUUAUUAGGGUAAAGGGGCACGCUCCCAGGAGCGGUGUUAUUAGGGUAAAGGGGCACGCUCCCAGGAGCGGUGUUAUUAUUAGGGUAAAGGGGCGCUCCCAGGAGCGGUGUUAUUAUUAGGGUAAAGGGGCGCUCCCAGGAGCCGUGUUAUUAUUAGGGUAAAGGGGCGCUCCCAGCAGCGGUGUUAUUAUUAGGGUAAAGGGGCGCUCCCAGGAGCUGUGUUAUUAGGGUAAGGGGGCAUGCUCCGAGGAGCCAUUUUAUUAGGUAAAGGAGCGCUCCGUGGAGCUGUGUUGUUAUUGGGGUAAAGGGCAUGAUCCCAGGAGUAGUCAUUAAUAAGGUUAAAAGGAUGCUCCCAUGAGCUGUUUUAUUAUUGUGGUAAUGGGGCGCUCCCAGGAGCUGUGUUAUUAUUAGGGUAAGGGGUGCGCUCCCAGGAGCUGUGUUAUUAUUAGGGUAAAGGGCGCUCCCAGUAGCAGUGUUAUUAUUAGGGUAAAGGGGCGCUCCCAGCAGCAGUGUUAUUAUUAGGGUAAAGGGGCGCUCCCAGCAGCAGUGUUAUUAUUAGGGUAAAGGGGCGCUCCCAGGAGCUGUGUUAUUAGGGUAAGGGGGCAUGCUCCGAGGAGCCAUUUUAUUAGGUAAAGGAGCGCUCCGUGGAGCUGUGUUGUUAUUGGGGUAAAGGGCAUGAUCCCAGGAGUAGUCAUUAAUAAGGUUAAAAGGAUGCUCCCAUGAGCUGUUUUAUUAUUGUGGUAAUGGGGCGCUCCCAGGAGCUGUGUUAUUAUUAGGGUAAGGGGUGCGCUCCCAGGAGCUGUGUUAUUAUUAGGGUAAAGGGGCGCUCCCAGUAGCGGUGUUAUUAGGGUAAAGGGGCACGCUCCCAGGAGCGGUGUUAUUAGGGUAAAGGGGCACGCUCCCAGGAGCGGUGUUAUUAUCAGAGUAAAGGGGCGCUCCCAGGAGCAGUGUUAUUAUUAGGGUAAUGGGGCGCUCCCAGGAGCGGUGUUAUUAUUAGGGUAAAGGGGCGCUCCCAGGAGCCGUGUUAUUAUUAGGGUAAAGGGGCGCUCCCAGGAGCCGUGUUAUUAUUAGGGUAAAGGGGCGCUCCCAGCAGCGGUGUUAUUAUUAGGGUAAAGGGGCGCUCCCAGGAGCUGUGUUAUUAGGGUAAGGGGGCAUGCUCCGAGGAGCCAUUUUAUUAGGUAAAGGAGCGCUCCGUGGAGCUGUGUUGUUAUUGGGGUAAAGGGCAUGAUCCCAGGAGUAGUCAUUAAUAAGGUUAAAAGGAUGCUCCCAGGAGCUGUUUUAUUAUUGGGGUAAUGGGGCGCUCCCAGGAGCUGUGUUGUUAUUAGGGUAAAGGGGCACGCUCCCAGGAGCGGUGUUAUUAGGGUAAAGGGGCACGCUCCCAGGAGCGGUGUUAUCAGAGUAAAGGGGCGCUCCCAGGAGCGGUGUUAUUAUUAGGGUAAAGGGGCGCUCCCAGGAGCGGUGUUAUUAUUAGGGUAAAGGGGCACUCCCAGGAGCUGUGUUAUUAUUAGGGUAAAGGGGCGCUCCCAGGAGCGGUGUUAUUAUUAGGGUAAAGGGGCGCUCUCCCAGGAGCGGUGUUAUUAGGGUAAAGGGGCGCUCCCAGCAGCGGUGUUAUUAUCAGAGUAAAGGGGCGCUCCCAGGAGCGGUGUUGUUAUUAGGGUAAAGGGGCGCUCCCAGGAGCGGUGUUAUUAUUAGGGUAAAGGGGCGCUCCCAGGAGCGGUGUUAUUUUUAGGGUAGAGGGGCACUCCCAGGAGCGGUGUUAUUAUUAGGGUAAAGAGGCGCUCCCAGGAGCAGUGUUAUUAGGGUAAAGGGGCACACUCCCAGGAGCUGUGUUAUUAGGGUAAGGGGGCAUGCUCCGAGGAGCCAUUUUAUUAGGUAAAGGCGCGCUCCGUGGAGCUGUUAUUAUUAGGGUAAAGGGGCACGAUCCCUGGAGCUAUCAUUAUUAAGGUUAAAAGGAUGCUCCCAGGAGCUGUGUUAUUAUUAAGGUAAAGAAGUGCUCCCAGGAGCUGUGUUAUUAUUGGGGUAAAGGGCAUGAUCCCAGGAGCGGUCAUUAUUAAGGUUAAAAGGAUGCUCCCAGGAGCAGUGUUAUUAUUGGGGUAAAGGGCACGAUCCCAGGAGCUGUCAUUAUUAAAGGACCACUAUAGUUCCCUGAGGGUGCUCCCACCCUUAGGGUCCCCCUCCUGCCGGGCUCUGGGGGGAGGAAGGGGUUAAACUUACCUCUUUCUCCAGCUCUCCUCCUUCCCUCUGCCUCCUCUCCUCCUCUUCGGCUGAAUGCGCAUGCGCGGCAGGAGCUGCACACGCAUUCAGCCAGACCAUAGGAAAGCAUUCACAAAUCACAGUGAGAAACGCGGAAGCCCUCUAGCGGCUGUCAAUGAGACAGCCACUAGAGGCUGGAUUAACCCAUUUAUAAACAUAGCAGUUUCUCUGAAACUGCUAUGUUUAUAGAAAAAAAGGGUUAAACCUAGCUGGACCUGACACCCAGACCACCUCAUUAAGCUGAAGUGGUCUGGGUGCCUAUAGUGGUCCUUUAAGGUUAAAAGGAUGCUCUCAGGAGCUAUUUGCCAGCUAGUAUUAAGAUAAAAGGGGCAGGAUCCUGGAUUAAUCAGAGGGCAUAUCAUUAUCCGGGAUGUAAUGGUUUAUGUAUAGUGGGAAGGGAGCCAAGUUGCAUUUACUUGCAGCAAUGUAUAAUGACACAGCCCAAAUCACUGCACUUUUUCUGUACACAGCCCUUCUGUCCUUCUGUGGCCUGCCCACUAACCCUUUACACCACUUGUGUUCUCUACUACCCAAUAAUUCCUAUUGUUUCAUCUAUCCCCAAAUACACACUACUUCAUAUACACUGCUCCACAGUCUUAUUGCUCUGUACACACAGUCUGAUAACCCCUCCUACAGCUCAGUGACCCAUGGUUUAAUACCUGAUCCAUUUAGCUUGGUCAGUAUUCUGAUACCCUUAUAAGUGCUUACACCGAUUGGAUAUGACCUCUGCUAUUACUACAUUUAUCAUGCCCAAUUUAACCCAUUUAGCUUCUUUCUCAUCCCUUUUAUAAGCACCUUUCUAGAUCAGAAUGCUGUAAAAAAACUGUUUAGUAACCCCUCUGGGUGUAUCUGCCAUUUCAUGUACACAGUAGUUAUUUAACCCUUUCUUAGAAAUACUUCUUACUAGUGCUACAUAUGCCUUGCUAUGUAAGCUACUAUAGCAUAUAAUGAAUCUGCCUUAUAUGCAGUUCUAUAAGGAUACAACCUGUAAACUGCUCUAUAAACCUUUACAGGCUAUAACCUCUCUGUGAGAAGGACUGUCUUGACGCAUGGACAUGCUGGGCAGUGUCCUUGGGCCCCACAGGCUUGGCAACUUUUCAGUAUAUUAUUGAGGGAGAUUUAUUCUUCACCUUCAAACCCUCUUUAUUAAAAUGUUUUGGUUAACUAAUCACCACAGACCAUCUUCUCAAGUAUUGUUCCUGCUUAUUAAUAUAUUUGCCUCUCGUCCUUCCAUGAGUCCCCUUUUAAUAAAGCCCUAAAUAUGUCCUCUACCACAGGUCCGCCCAGACCCCUCCAUUGAUUACAUCCACUUCCUUGCUCUGUAUCUCUACCUUCCCACCAGAUUCCCAUUUGACUGUUUUCUCUGUAUCUCAAUCUUAACAGUUCUAUAUCAUAAUUCACUAUCAUCCCCUUCCGUAUCUGUAUCCCCUAUCACACUGUCAGUAACAUUUUUAACCAUUCUUUGUCAAUUCCUAUCCCUAUCACAUUAGUCUCUAUUUCAAUGACCGUAUCCAUUAAAAAAAAAAAAAAAAUUAAUAUAGCUCCUCUUUGUACAUCAGUCCACUCCUCCAUAUUUUCUCCAUGUUAGUAAAGACGUUUGUCCCACUAGUCCAUAUGAAACAUCUUCUCCGCUUAAGUCCUCUCUCCUUCCUGUCCCCAUGUAGAAUUGUCACUUCCUUUCUGCUGCCUGGCUCUCUACAUUGUUAUAUCUGCCCUGACAUCAACAGUGGUGAUGGGUGAUUGGAUGGUAAUGCAAUGAGGCAUUAUGCAUCUCAGACCUAUGUUAAAUUUCAGUGGGCUUCUAGAAAUGAUGGCUACCCAGGAAGUAGGCAUAUCGGUGUCUCAUUCUUAUCUGUGGAACCUAUCAUUUUCCACUUUUCUUGUCACGUAAUCACCGAGUUUAUAUGAUACGUUGCCAUAUUUCAACUGCUUAUACAGUUUAUACACAGCCCGGUUUACUAUUUUGGUGAUGAGGUCUAUGUGCACCUAUCGGCACCUGGUUUAGCUGUCAUGGUAAGGGAGAGAGCUCAGCCAAAGUUGUGAGUGCAGGUUUGGUUAGAACUGCAGUGAUUAAUGAUCUUUUUGAAAUUUCUGGACUUCUAAGCCACUCUCACAUCUGAUAGAGGGUGCAGGAUCUUCCUCUCUGCAUUGCCAACUUUAUAAUAUAAAAAUUUAACUUUUGAUGGUGCAUAGGGAGAUCUUUUUAAUUUUGCCUCUGAUUGCUUAGCUGUAGAGUCAAUUCCUGUCUUCAGUGCUUAGCUGGGCACCAGUUCCAGUGGAUGCUAUAUUCAUAUUUAGCUUUUCUUUCUACACCAGGAGUGCCCAAAAGAUAGACCUACAAAUCCCAUGAUUUUUUGCCAGUCAAUAGAGGGGCUAGGCAUUAUCAACGUUUUAGAUUAAAACAUCUGGAGACUUACCUUUUUUAGUAACCUGUUUACAACGUAUAAUUUGCUCUAUUACCACCCAACUAGUGUAACUCCUUCUACAACUCCAUAUAGCACAUUCCAUCUUGUCCUAAACUCUAUACCCUGCUUUAUAACUACAUAACUGGAUAUACAUUUCUACUCCUGUUCCAUAUAGGGCCAGAGGGACUAGUAGUACAGUUAAGGGAAACAGAUUUUUGAACCUGGUACAUGAUAAUUUCGUCUCUCAAUUGGUAGAAGGCCAAGUAGAGGGGAUGCUUGUCUGGAUCUUCACACUUGGGAAAUAGUGACCAUAGUAUUGUAUCAUUUGAGAUUAACUCAAAGACUAAAUUUGAUAGGCUAAGGGCAUCUUUACAACGGAUUGGCAGAAAAUAUAUUCAAUAACAAAAGCACAGAGGAUAAAUAGAAAGUCUUUAAACCAAUUCUACAAAAGUAAAUUUCUCAAUAGAUACCAUUAUAUAAUGGAAGCAAAUGAAAACCAAUGUGGCUUAGUACAAGGGUCAGUCAAAUGAUAAAAGAUAAGAAAGGGGCUUUCAAAGCACCUUAAUCAGAGGGGUUGAUUGCAUCCUAUAACAAAUAUAAGCGUGCCAAUAGAGCUUGCAAAGAGCGAGGCUAAACUUAAAAAUGAAAAGUUCAUAGCCAAAGAGAGUAAGACCAUCCCCAAAAAGUUUAACUACGUUAAUGCGGUGAUGGUCCUUUGGAAAGUGAGAUGGAUAACGUAAUCCAGGAGGAUCAGGACAAAGUUCUUUUUCUUCAGUAUAUAGCGAAGAUGAAUAUAUGGCUGUAAAUUUUCGAGUCCCUGUUACAAAAGCCUUACAUCAAACAGGUGAUUGGUUAACACAGGAUAAAGUGUUUCAGAAAUUAAAAAAGUGAAUGUAAACAAAGCCUCGGGUAUUCACCCAAGUGUGCUUAGGGAGCUUAGUGUAGAAAUAUCUAUACCACUAUUUUUAAUUUUUCAGGUUCUUUUUCUUUCAGGAAUUGUGCCAAAGAAGAAAAUCAGAUGUGGUGUCUAUAUUUAAAAAGGGUUCAAAGCUCAACCCAGAAACUACAGGCUCACAAGAUUAACAUAUGUGAUUGGGAAAUUACUUGAAGGGCUGUUAAGUAAAAAUUUCAAGAAUUCAUAUUCAUAUUUGAACAAAAAUAUAAUUUGCAGGAAACCGUAGGAUCUCAUGAAAGACAGGCCAUGUCUAACGUAAUUGCAUUCUUUGAUGCAGUUAGUAGAAAUGUACAGUCAUGGGGAAAAGGAAAGUACAACCUCUUUGAAUUAUAUAGUUUCAUAUAUCUUGACAUAACUAUCUGUUCCUUAGCAGGUCUUAUAAUUUGGUAAAUACAACCUCCGAUGAACAACAGCACAUGACAUAUUACACAGUGUCAUUCUAUAGCUAACAAAAAUAAAACCAAAAGGGAGAAGGCGUGUGUGAAAAACGAAUUACACUUUAUGAUUCCAGAGCAUGUAGAACCACCUUUAGCAGCAAUAAGUUGAAGCUAUUGUUUUCUGUAUGACUUUCUCAGUCUCUCACAUUGUUUUGGAAAAAUUUUGAUCCACUCUUCUUACAACGUUGCUUUAGUUCAUUGAGGUUUGCUGGCGUUUGUUUAUGCGCAUCUCUUUUAAGGUCCUGCCACAGUACUUCAUUCUGGUUGAGGUCGGGACUUUGACUGGGCCAUUGCAACACCUUGAUUUUUGUCUUUUACAGCCAUUCUGUUGUAGAUUUGCUGGUGUGCUUGGGAUCAUUGUCAUGUUACAUGAUCCACUUUCAGCUGUCCGUCAAAUGUCCUCACAUUUGACUCUAGAAUACUUUGGUAUAUAGAGGAGAUCAUGUGGUCCUGUGGCUGCAAAACAAGCCCAACUCAUCACCCCUCCACCACUGUGCUUGACAGUUGGUUUGAGGUAUUUGAACUGAUAUGCUGUGCUUGGUUUUUGCCAAACAUGUUACUGUGUAUUAUGGCAAAACAUCUCCACUUUGGUCUCGUCUGUACAAAGGUCUUUGUUCCAGAAGUCUCUUGGUUUGUUAAGAUGCAACUUUGCAAACCCAAACCUUGCUGCCAUGUUCUUUUAGCAUUAAGAGGCUUUGCAGAUGCCCUGCCCUGUGACCACCUACUCUUUUCUAUAAGUCUGGAUAUUAUCCCUCCUGUUUUAUAAUCCACUUACCCAAAUAAAGGAUUGAGAAAAUAAACAGUUCUAAUAUUUACUGAAUUGAUUUAUACAUUUACCGCUGGUUUCACAAAAUGAGCAUCUCGCUUUCUGUUUUGUUUAGAGGCAGAUAAGAUUAUUUAUAAAGGGCACUUUAGUAAAAAGAACCAAUCUUCACUCACAAACAUAUCGUGGGUUUCCAUGGUGAUUGCUUCACUGUCUCUCUACUGCUUUAUAACUAACAUUGUUACCAGUGAGAUUCAUUUUGGUUAUCCAAACGGUGUGUGUAUUUCAGACAUAGAAAAUAUACAAAAUUCAUUCUGGUUUAUUCUAGCAGGAGGCAUUUUUGCUAAAUAAAUUCACCUACUUUAAAAAAAAAAAAAUAAAAAAAAAAUAUAUAUAUAUAUAUCCCCCUGCGCUCGACUCUCCCGCCCUCCCGGAGCUAGGAUUACCUCCCCCGUCUAUUCCCCCCCGCGCGCCUCCCCUACUUCCUUCUUUUCGUCAUCUCUCUCACUCACUUUCACUUAAGCCCUCCUCCUUACAGAGGGCCCAUUAUAUACAAAUACGUUAUAUACAAAUAGAACGCACAGAGAAGCUCGCAAAUGGCAUUCAAGGUCACAAGAUAUGAUAGCAGGUGGUGGGGAGAGGAGGAAUGACAGGAAGGAAGUUAACAACAGAAGGGAGGGGAAGGUGUAAGAAAAAGAACGAUCACCACAACUACACUAGAGCACACCACCCAAGGUGCCCUUCACCAACCCCACCAUCUGCGACCAGGACAACAUUCAACUUGUGUACCAACGACACGACUAUGAAGUUGACCGGGUUACUAAACCCUCCUAAGUGACAAGUUUAUUGGGCUGACUCAACUACUGCCUUGACUCGCAUAUUCUCUAGCCUUGUAUCACUGUUAUGUUAUAUCUUGAACAUAUAGGCUUGACUACAAGCCCAGUUGCAAACCUUUGUUGUCAAACAAUGUUAUUCAAAUGUUAAGUAUUACAAAAACUGUGCCACUGUAUCACGCCACGUCCAUACCCUUCACUGUUAUCAUGGUUUACCUAUGCUGUCGUGGCAUCAUGACCCUUUGUAUUAUCUGGUGCACAGAAAAAAUAAAGAAUAAAAAAUAAAUAUAUAUAUAUAUAAUUAUUUUGUUAAAUCAUCCAUCAUAACAACAUCAUUCUAUAGUGGUUAUAGUGCCAGGAGUGCCAUUGCACCCCCCAGUGUAAGUGGUCACACAUUUUUUCAGAGUAGCUUGACUUCUUAUCUAAUUCCUGCUGGGUACCGCACCACGCCUUCCCUACUAGGACCUUCCUUUGGCUUUCCUGAAAUUGCUGCUUAGCUCAGACCUGAAAACUUUUGGCCAGAGAGAAGGGAGGAAUCUGAAACAUGGAAUGUGACGGCAGAUAAGAACCAUUCAGCCCAUCUUGUCUGCCCAAUUUUCUUAAUACUUUCAUUAGUCCCUGGCCUUAUCUUAUAGUUAGGAUAGCCUUAUGCCUAUCCCACGUGUGCUUAAACUCCUUUACUGUGUUAACCUCUACCACUUCAGCUGGAAGGCUAGUCCUUGCAUCCACUACCCUCUCAGUAAAGUAAUACUUCCUGAUAUUAAUCAUAAGUAGAGGGGCAAAGGUUUAAAAAUAUGUCCUCUUGUUGUGGUAUUUUUUUCUUCUUUUAAAUAUAGUCUCCUCCUUUACUUUGUUGAUUCCCUUUAUGUAUUUAAAUGUUUCUAUCAUAUCCCCCUGUCUCGUCUUUCCUCCAAGCUAUACAUGUUAACUGACCACUAUAGGCACCCAGACCACUUCAGCUCAAUGAAGUGGUCUGGGUGCCAGGUCCAUCUAGGAUUAACCCUGCCUGCUGUAAACAUAGCAGUUUCAGAGAAACUGCUAUGUUUACACUAGGGUUAAUCCAGCCUCUAGUGGCUGUCUCAUUGACAGCUGCUAGAGGCGCUUCCGCACUUCUCACUGUGAAAAUUGCAGUGAGAAGACGCUGACGUUGAGAAAUGCUUUCCUAUGGACUGAUUGCGCGCUCGGCUCUUGCUGUGCAUGCACAUUCAAAGCUGACGGAAGAGGGAGGAGAGUUCCCUAGCGCCGAGGGAGCCCGGCGCUGGACAAAGGCAAGAGUUUAACCCCUUCAGCCCCCUUCAGCCUGAUGGGAGGGGAGUCAUGAGGGUGGGGGGGAGUGGGGGAGUGGGUCCUAAAGACCCUAUAAUGCCAGGAAAACAAGUUUGUUUUCCUGGCAGUAUAGUGGUCCUUUAAGUUCCUUUAACCUUUCCUGGUACGUUUUAUCCUGCAAUCCAUGAACCAGUUUAGUAGCCUUUCUCUAUAUUUUCUUUAAAGUAUCAAUAUCCUUCUGGAGAUACGGUCUCUGCGUACAAUACUCCAAGUGAGGUCUCACCAGUGUUCUGUACAAUGGCAUGAGCACUUCCCUCUUUCUACUGCUAAUACCUCUCCCUAUACAACCAAGCAUUCUGCUAGCAUUUCCAGCUGCUCUAUUACAUUGUCUGCCUACCUUUAAGUCAUCAGUAAUAAUCACCCCUAAAUCCCUUUCCUCAGAUGUUGAGGUUAGGACUCUAUCAAAUAAUCUAUACUCUGCCUUUGGGUUUUUAUGCCUAAAAUGCAUUAUCUUGCGCUUAUCCACAUUAAAUGUCAGCUGCCAUAGCUCUGGCUAUUUAUCUAGUUUACCUUAAUCGUUUGCUAUUUGGCUUAUCCCUCCUGAAAAAUCAACCCUGUUACAACCUGUGACAUGGUCUUGAUUAGAGCAUAGGUCUCUGUUUGUGAAGCCAUGGGACAUUUCUAGGCUUGUAGCUACCUUCAUGCAACCCAUAAGUUGGCUGUGAGGUGACUGGUAUCUGACCUCCCAGCAGUUUUUUGUAACGUGGAUGAGCAACAUUCUUACCUAAGAGUUCUGAGAAGGAGGGCUCUUUGUUCUCACAGAGCUGUCCCUGAGAACCUGGGAUGGGGCUAAUUCACCAGGUUUAAAGUUAAUAGCAUGCAGUGAAUGAUUAAUGCAGUGGAUGCACAGUUAAUGCAGCAGUUACAGGAUUAGUGCUGCAGAGUAUGUGUCUGGAAGUAUGGAUUUGUGUUUGUGCUAGCAUCUAGAAAUAUGGUUCUGUAUGUGGGCCUCUGAGAGCAUGAAUCAACAGCCCACAUGAGAGAACACGAUUUGGCAAGUGGCUUCUGAGUAUGUUGAGUUUGAGACUCUUAAAGUAGCAAGCGGACACUGUGCCUAGGGGGAAGUGUGUGUGUGCAAUCCAUAGAGCAUUCCGGAUCUUUUUAAAGAUUUAACUGGGGGCCAAAUGGUUAUAAAGUGGAUCUGUAAUUUGCAAAAUGUGUCUCUUUGUAUAACCUGCUCUGUACAAAAUAUAAUAUUGCUUAGAAAAAAAUAAAAUAAUCUCAACAUGCUGAACGUUUUAAAGAAAACUAUAGACUUUAAAAACUUUGGAAAUUAAUAUUUUUAUUCCAUUAAACCAAAUAAAUGUACCAGAUUAAUGUCUCCAUUGCAACAACUUGCCACUGCCUCCAAAUCUUUGUUUGUGCCGCCCCAAGCCACACCUCCGUGCAUGUGACCUACACAGUAUCCUUACACACUUCCUGUACUGAAAGAUCUAAUAUUUAAACUUCCUAUAUUGCAUAGUCUGUUUUAGUAUUUUUUAUCUCAUGCUCUGUUAUUAGCCUUUUAGACCCUACAGGAGCCUCCUGUAUGUAAUUACAUUUCAAUUUACAGAGCAGGAGAUACUUUUUUAAAAUAGGUAUAUACACUGUUCACACAUGAUUAAACGAAGUUAACAUCUGGUAGAAAAAAACAUUUUAUUUAUUUUUUUAAAUGCAGGCUGCGUGAGUCACAGCCAGGUGAUAUGUGGCUAGGGCUGCAUAAACAGAAACAAAAAUUAUUUAACUCCUAAAUGGCAGCGAAUUGAGCAGCGAGACUGCAGGGAGUGAUCUAUACACUGAAAGAACUUCAUCAAGCUUCUUGGUAUUAAGAUAUAUCCUUUUUUUGUUUUUCAGCUUCUUUAUGGACAUCACACAUAGGUCCAGGGUCGUGGAUGAUCCCCCAGGGAAUGUGACGGAACGUUGUUACAAGGCACACUCACACAGUACAGUGUUGGAGGGACUGCCAUUUGGAGGAGUACCCACUGUUCUCGCCAUCAAUUUCCUGGCUUGGCUGGUAAGCAAUAUUUCCCUUGAGCCUUCAUAUUUAUUUGUAAAGUUCCAUUACGUUCCAGUAACCUCUGACUGUACAAUGAAUAAGGCUGGUACAACAUUCAGUACAUCGGAAACAGAAUGUGUAUUGCUAUUAGAGAAUUCAAAACGUCUGUUUAUUACCUUGGAAACAAAGUUAUUACAUUAUUUAAAAUCUCUUUUGAAAACGGGAAACAAUGAAUAAGGCGAUUAAAUUUUUUAAAACCUCUAGGACUGCACACUGCCUUGGGGUACGUAAUGUAAAAGGCUAGGAUCCAGAACCUUGAGCAAUGCUUAAAUUAAGAAAAUAAUAAACAUAUUUAUUGGUUGGUUUGUGAAAUAGCCAAUGUGGGGGUUUUUUUUGUUUUUUUUUUGUGGUGUUUUAUCUUCAACCCUCCAACGCCUCUCUAACUCUGUCUCUAGAUCUAUCUGUCUGUCUGUCAGUCUCUGUGUGUGUGUGUCUGUCUGUCUGUGUAUGUCUGUCUAUCUGUCUUGGCUGUCUAUCUAUAUCUAUGUGUCUGUCUGUCUGUCUCUAUGUGUGUCUAUCUAUCUUGUCUGUCUAUCUAUCUAUGUAUGUGUCUGUCUUUCUAUCUAUGUAUGUGUCUGUCUGUCUAUGUAUGUGUAUGCCUGUCUGUCUGUCUAUGUGUAUGUGUGUCUGUCUGUGUGUCUGUCUGUCUGUGUGUCUGUCUAUCAAUGUGUAUGCCUGUCUGUCUAUCUAUCAAUGUGUAUGUCUGUCUAUCAAUGUGUCUGUCUAUCAAUAUGUAUGUCUGUCUGUGUGUCUGUGUCUGUCUAUCAAUGUGUAUGUCUGUCUAUGUGUCUGUCUAUCUAUCUAUGUGUCUGUCUGUCUAUGUGUAUGUCUUUCUGUCUAUCUAUGUGUAUGUCUUUCUGUCUAUCUAUGUGUAUGUCUGUCUGUCUAUCUAUGUGUAUGUCUGUCUGUCUAUCUAUGUGUAUGUCUGUCUGUCUAUCUAUGUGUAUGUCUGUCUGUCUAUCUAUGUGCAUGCCUGUCUGUCUGUCUAUGUGCAUGCCUGUCUGUCUGUCUAUGUGUAUGUCUAUCUAUGUGCAUGCCUGUCUGUCUGUCUAUGUGCAUGCCUGUCUGUCUGUCUAUGUGUAUGCCUCUCUGUCUGUCUAUGUGUAUGUCUGUCUGUGUGUCUGUCUAUCUAUGUGCAUGCCUGUCUGUCUGUCUAUGUGCAUGCCUGUCUGUCUGUCUAUGUGUAUGCCUGUCUGUCUAUGUGCAUGCCUGUCUGUCUGUCUAUGUGUAUGUCUGUCUGUGUGUCUGUCUAUCUGUGUGUCUGUCUAUCAAUGUGUAUGCCUGUCUGUGUGUCUGUCUAUCUAUCAAUGUGUAUGCCUGUCUGUGUGUCUGUCUGUCUAUCAAUGUGUAUGCCUGUCUGUGUGUCUGUCUAUCUAUCAAUGUGUAUGUCUGUCUGUGUGUCUGUCUGUCUAUCAAUGUGUCUGUCUAUCGAUCUGUCUGUAUGUGUGUCUGUCUAUCAAUGUGUCUGUCUGUGUGUAUGUGUCUGUCUAUCAAUGUGUAUGCCUGUCUGUCUAUCUAUUGUAUGUCUGUCUAUCUAUGUGUGUGUAUGUCUAUCUAUCUAUCUAUCUAUCUAUCUAUCUAUCUGUCUAUGUGUAUAUCUAUCUAUCCAUAUGUAUAUCUAUCCAUCUAUGUGUAUAUCUAACUCUCUGUCUGUGUGUGUGUAUGUCUGUCUAUCUAUCUAUCUAUGUGUCUGUCUGUCUAUCUAUCCACUCAUCCCUAGAUCCCUAUAUUAGUCUCCCUGUUAUCACCCACUCCUGCAGUCCCCCUUUUCUGGACAUGUAGACAUCCCAUGGCACCCGUUGUUCAGUGUGCUUAAGCGCUUUGUUGCAAGGAGGCCGCCAUGUGUUCAGCAGCCUUAAUCUUCUCAACCUGUUCCAACCAAUGUUGUUUAGUGGGAAUCUUCUGUUUUUUUACCAUAGGGCAGGAACUAGUGAGUUUGCAGCGUUUAGCAAGUUUAACCUUUUGAGGGAAUAAUGCGUCCGGGGGCCUCCUGGCACUAUAGCAAUUUCAUUUAGAUGUUACUUUAACUAUGUAUAGCACUACUGAGUUUAUCCUGUAAUUGAUCAGUUAUGGAAAGAACACACGUGUAUAGGAUCAUGCUUUAAUUGUUGACUGUAGACUCAUGUAUAACAGUAUUUUUGGAGGAAAACAAAUGAAAUCACUGCACUUUGGAAGUGAGUGGUAGAAAUGGUGUCUUAUGGAGAGAAAUUAUUAAAAGAAAAGAUUGUAGAUCACUGUAGCAAUGCUAUUUAAGAUACCCCUAGAGCCCUACCACCAAAAUGACUUGCAAGCUACAUAUUGCCCCUUAUGAGUGCCUGGAGUGCUCCUCUCAGAUUUACAAUAAAUGUCAGAAUUGUGUGCCACAUACAGAGCUACCAGGUUGCCAUCUUUUUGUGCGAUACACUGGAUGUCCAUACUUUGUACAGAAAGACUUGAAAACGGUACCAUGCAGUUCAUAUGCAUGCAGUGUGAAAUGGGUUACUUGACUUUUUUUAUUUUUUUAAUGUGUGUUUUUUUCUUUCUUAAAUGCAGCACUAAAUGUUGCCCCUACUCCCCACAACAGAUUCUUCAGGGGCUAUAGUGGGGCACAAGGAUGUUAUCCUACUGUUAUUACCCCAAAAAUAUUCUCCCAUUUCUCCCACCCCCACUACAGGGCCUGUUCCCCCACUACUGCCCCUGUCAUCCCACUUCAGCCUGUCACCCAACUAUACCCUCUACCAACACCACAACAGUCCCUAUCCAACCACUACAGCCCCUAUUUUCUCAAAACAGCCCCUGUCACAACACUAGAGCCAGUCACCCAACUUUAUCCACCCCCAAUAGUCUCUAUAGCCCCUAUUCCACCACAAAAGCCAAAAUAACCCUUCUAUAACCCCUGUCAUCACACUAUAGCCCCUUUCCUCCAACUAUACUCACGGGCCACCCCACACUAGUCCCUUUCCUCCCACUAUAGCCCUACCCCGCUAAAGUCCCUAUUCCUCUACUACUGCCCAAAAAGCAACACUACAAGCAGGCACCCCUAGGCACACCACCCCAAUAAGCAGCAAUCCCAGAAACAUACAACACAACAAGCAGGCACCCCUGGGCACACCACUCCAAUAAGCAGCAUUCCCAGAAACAUACAACACAACAAGCAGGCACCCCUAGGUACACCACUCCAAUAAGCAGCAUUCCCAGAAACAUACAGCACUACAAGCAGGCGCCCCUAGGCACACCACUCCAAUAAGCAGCAUUCCCAGAAAUAUACAGCACUACAAGCAGGCACCCCUAGGUCCACCACUCCAAUAAGCAGCAUUCCCAGAAAUAUACAGCACUACAAGCAGGCACCCCUAGGCACACCACUCCAAUAAGCAGCAUUCCCAGAAACAUACAGCACUACAAGCAGGCACCCCUAGGCACACCACUCCAAUAAGCAGCAAUCCCAGAAACAUACAGCACAACAAGCAGGCACCCCUAGGCACACCACUCCAAUAAGCAGCAUUCCCAGAAAUAUACAGCACUACAAGCAGGAACCCCUAGGCACACCACUCCAAUAAGCAGCAUUCCCAGAAAUAUACAGCACUACAAGCAGGCACCCCUAGGCACACCACUCCAAUACGCAGCAAUCCCAGAAACAUACAGCACUACAAGCAGGCACCCCUAGGCACACCACUCCAAUAAGCAGCAAUCCCAGAAACAUACAGCACUACAAGCAGGCACCCCAAGGCACACCACUCCAAUAAGCAGUAAUCCCAGAAACAUACAGCACUACAAGCAGGCACCCCUAGGCACACCACUCCAAUAAGCAGCAAUCCCAGAAACAUACAGCACUACAAGCAGGCACCCCUAGGCACACCACUCCAAUAAGCAGUAAUCCCAGAAACAUACAGCACUACAAGCAGGCACCCCUAGGCACACCACUCCAAUAAGCAGCAAUCCCAGAAACAUACAGCACUACAAGCAGGCACCCCUAGGCACACCACUCCAAUACGCAGCAAUCCCAGAAACAUACAGCACUACAAGCAGGCACCCCUAGGCACACCACUCCAAUAAGCAGCAAUCCCAGAAACAUACAGCACAACAAGCAGGCACCGCUAGGCACACCACUCCAAUAAGCAGCAUUCCCAGAAAUAUACAGCACUACAAGCAGGAACCCCUAGGCACACCACUCCAAUAAGCAACAUUCCCAGAAAUAUACAGCACUACAAGCAGGCACCCCUAGGCACACCACUCCAAUACGCAGCAAUCCCAGAAACAUACAGCACUACAAGCAGGCACCCCUAGGCACACCACUCCAAUAAGCAGCAAUCCCAGAAACAUACAGCACUACAAGCAGGCACCCCAAGGCACACCACUCCAAUAAGCAGUAAUCCCAGAAACAUACAGCACUACAAGCAGGCACCCCUAGGCACACCACUCCAAUAAGCAGCAAUCCCAGAAACAUACAGCACUACAAGCAGGCACCCCUAGGCACACCACUCCAAUACGCAGCAAUCCCAGAAACAUACAGCACUACAAGCAGGCACCCCUAGGCACACCACUCCAAUAAGCAGCAUUCCCAGAAACAUACGGCACUACAAGCAGGCACCCCUAGGCACACCACUCCAAUAAGCAGCAAUCCCAGAAACAUACAGCACUACAAGCAGGCACCCCUGGGCACACCACUCCAAUAAGCAGCAAUCCCAGAAACAUACACUACAAGCAGCCUCCACACACACACAUACACGCUCUCCCAGCCCUGUCCUAUGUAUCAUCCUACCAUCCACCUAGUCCUAUGAAUGCAUCCGAUCUAGGUGUGUGUGUGUGUGUGUAUUUUCUCGUGUUUUGUGAUAUACAAAAAGGCUGAACUGAAAAAAUGUCUAAGCCAACUACAGUCUUUUUCAACUACAUUUGGAUUACAUUUUAAAUGAACUUUGAAUUGUCAACAUUUCUCACUUUAGUGGACGUCCCUGUUAUUUUCUCUUUAUAUUUAAACUGUAUACAAACUAAAGUAAAUACAUUUUUAUUUAGUUAAGCAUGUUCCUGUUGAAACCAGGGUUGCAAAAGUCAUGGGUUUUUUUUGGUUGUGUUUUUGGUUUUAUUUUGUGACAUGCACAUUGCUCAUGCAUUUAGUCAGUCCAUGGAGUACUACCCUGCAAUGUGUAGAAUUCAUAUAUUGGAGGAAGGAAUAAGUCUCUCUAUCAAGAUGGUAUACCAAGGAAAAAUGCAAAUACUGCCCUGUAGUGUGUAACAUCCAUCCAUCCACUGCAUGAGAUAAAGAAAUGAAUGAAGGCAAUGUGCUGCCCGUCAGCAUGAACAAACGAUCAAUAAUCGAAACCGAUCUCUCCUGUAUUAAAUGAAUCAAUCAACCAGGAAUUCUAUUACAGAAUUCUAUUUUUAUACACUAUUAGGUUAUUAAAAAAAAAUGUAGACAAAUUGAUAUAACCUCAUUCUCUCCAAUGACGAUUCUUGACAACAUUCCAGACUCUUGCUGCAGGGAAUACCAAACAAGUGAUCUUUUUUAUCUCCGUGACUGAUAAAUCUUAAGUGUUUUAAGGAAGUAUUGAAUGGAUUACAGAGAGCUGGGUCGUGUCUGUCUUAAUGUUGAAAGCUGUUGCCAUAUCUUUUGUUCGUUUCACACAAUAUGAGUUCUGGUGACGUUUGUGAAUCUGUUCUUUAGAAUUGUUUUCUGAAUUAUUCAGCAAUAAAGUACUAUUUGUUUAAAAAAGAAAGAUAAUCAGAGCAGUUCUCUUCGUAUUGUGUACUGAAAUGUCCUCAAAGCUAUCUGAUCAGUGAAAUGGCCAACACACAUACUUUUCCACCACAAGAUGGAGCUGUUGAAUCAUUACAAUGAACAAUAUGUCAAAAAUAAAUGUUGAUAAGCGUUUUUUUUUGUUUUAGAUUAAAGGCCUGCCUAUUUUAAAUAUAUUUAAAAUGAAAUAAUGUCAUUCUACAACUUUUAAUCCAGUGCCGGUGGGGGGUGGGGGCGACUCCUCUCAGCAGCCACUCUUUUGAUCGUAACUGAUUAUCUUUGCCCGAUCUGAUGCUUCUGUAUGAGAUCUGCAUUAUCAUGCGGCGCGUGCUGAUACCGAGGGUGAAGGCCUUUGAUUUUCUAAGGUCUUCAGGAUUAACGUAAACAUUGUUGUUUCUAAGAAAUGCCAUUGUUUAAGUUGACCAAGAAAAGAGGCACCAUCUGUGCACCACAACUCCUACAAAUAUAAUGGUUUUGGUGCAUUUUUGUCUGUUAAACCAAGCAAUUUCUUAUCUAAGUUUGUCACUGAAACCUCUAGAACCUUUGUAAGGAACAUAGAACCACCCUUAUUGAGCUCAGUGAGAGGACGCAGAACCCUCAUACCCCAGGAUUACUUGGUGUAAGGACACAUAAUCCAUAUGGCUGCUUAGUAGAAGGACAUAUAAUCCAUAGGAUGUGUCAUCACUGGCUCACUAUGUCUGUCUUUUUCACUCCAGCUGCUGCUCCUGGUCUUUUCAUGUUUGAGGAAGUCUGCAUGGGAUUACGGCCGUCUAGCUUUGCUUAUCGACAAUGACAGGUUAGACCAGUCUCUAUCUUCCCCUCUGUAUUGCCCAGUUUAUGUCUUCGUUGUGUGACCCAUCUUUUUACUCAGUGUAACGCACAGAGACCGUAUGAGGUGGUGGUCUAGACUCCAUUAACACAACACUAGACUUAUCCACAUACACAACCCCACAAGCAGCCUCUCACAUGCAAUAGCCCAAGCAGCCCCACACAUACACACACCAACAAACACACAAUGUGACAUAUCAUUCACAUACAAAAUUCCACAAGCAGCCUCCAUACACAGCCCACAUCCAUAGGUAUCACACACAAUACACAAACUACUCAUGAACAUAUAUAAAAUACUACAGCCCACAUCACAUCCGCACAAAUACAACGCUUCAAAGCAACUGCCGCACCGAUAAAUAACAAACAGAAUGCGGCAACAUACACCCUUAAAAAAAAUAGGAUCAGCACGCCAAGAGACUUCAAAUUCUUGUUUUGGCACAGUACUACUAAAAGGUUGCCUGCCCCUGCUCUAAGGCAUAGUGUAGCAUGCUGAUGAAUUGCUAGCGCCGUGCAAUGUGUGGAUGUGUUACAUACAGUGUAAUGUGUGGAUGUGUUGUUACAUACAGUGUAAUGUGUGGGUGUGUUGUUACAUACAGUGUAAUGUGUGGAUGUGUUACAUACAGUGUAAUGUGUGGGUGUGUUGUUACAUACAGUGUAAUGUGUGGAUGAGUUGUUACAUACAGUGUGAUGUGUUACAUACAGUGUAAUGUGUGGAUGAGUUGUUACAUACAGUGCAAUGUGUGGAUGUGUUGUUACAUACAGUGCAAUGUGUGGAUGUGUUGUUACAUACAGUGUAAUGUGUGGAUGAGUUGUUACAUACAGUGCAAUGUGUGGAUGUGUUGUUACAUACAGUGUAAUGUGUGGAUGAGUUGUUACAUACAGUGUAAUGUGUGGGUGAGUUGUUACAUACAGUGUAAUGUGUGGGUGAGUUGUUACAUACAGGGAGUGCAGAAUUAUUAGGCAAAUGAGUAUUUUGACCACAUCAUCCUCUUUAUGCAUGUUGUCUUACUCCAAGCUGUAUAGGCUCGAAAGCCUACUACCAAUUAAACAUAUUAGGUGAUGUGCAUCUCUGUAAUGAGAAGGGGUGUGGUCUAAUGACAUCAACACCCUAUAUCAGGUGUGCAUAAUUAUUAGGCAACUUCCUUUCCUUUGGCAAAAUGGGUCAAAAGAAGGAUUUGACAGGCUCAGAAAAGUCAAAAAUAGUGAGAUAUCUUGCAGAGGGAUGCAGCACUCUUAAAUUGCAAAGCUUCUGAAGCGUGAUCAUCGAACAAUCAAGCGUUUCAUUCAAAAUAGUCAACAGGGUCGCAAGAAGCGUGUGGAAAAACCAAGGCGCAAAAUAACUGCCGAUGAACUGAGAAAAGUCAAGCGUGCAGCUGCCACGAUGCCACUUGCCACCAGUUUGGCCAUAUUUCAGAGCUGCAACAUCACUGGAGUGCCCAAAAGCACAGGUGUGCAAUACUCAGAGACAUGGCCAAGGUAAGAAAGGCUGAAAGACGACCACCACUGAACAAGACACACAAGCUGAAACGUCAAGACUGGGCCAAGAAAUAUCUCAAGACUGAUUUUUCUAAGGUUUUAUGGACUGAUGAAAUGAGAGUGAGUCUUGAUGGGCCAGAUGGAUGGGCCCGUGGCUGGACUGGUAAAGGGCAGAGAGCUCCAGUCCGACUCAGACGCCAGCAAGGUGGAGGUGGAGUACUGGUUUGGGCUGGUAUCAUCAAAGAUGAGCUUGUGGGGCCUUUUUGGGUUGAGGAUGGAAUCAAGCUCAACUCCCAGUCCUACUGCCAGUUCCUGGAAGACACCUUCUUCAAGCAGUGGUACAGGAAGAAGUCUGCAUCCUUCAAGAAAAACAUGAUUUUCAUGCAGGACAAUGCUCCAUCACACGCGUCCAAGUACUCCACAGCGUGGCUGGCAGGAAAAGGGUAUAAAAGAAGAAAAUCUAAUGACAUGGCCUCCUUGUUCACCUGAUCUGAACCCCAUUGAGAACCUGUGGUCCAUCAUCAAAUGUGAGAUUUACAAGGAGGGAAAACAGUACACCUCUCUGAACAGUGUCUGGGAGGCUGUGGUUGCUGCUGCACGCAAUGCUGAUGGUGAACAGAUCAAAACACUGACAGAAUCCAUGGAUGGCAGGCUUUUGAGUGUCCUUGCAAAGAAAGGUGGCUAUAUUGGUCACUGAUUUGUUUUUGUUUUGUUUUUGAAUGUCAGAAAUGUAUAUUAAACUAAAUAACUUAAAUUAAACUAAAAACAAACUAAAAAAUACUUCCAAAAAUAUUCAGCUUUGAUAUUAAUGAGUUUUUUGGGUUCAUUGAGAACAUGGUUGUUGUUGUUCAAUAAUAAAAUUAAUCCUCAAAAAUACAACUUGCCUAAUAAUUCUGCACUCCCUGUACAGUGUAAUGUGUGGAUGUGUUGUUACAUACAGUGUAAUGUGUGGAUGUGUUGUUACAUACAGUGUAAUGUGUGGAUGUGUUGUUACAUACAGUGUAAUGUGUGGGUGAGUUGUUACAUACAGUGUAAUGUGUGGAUUAGUUGUUACAUACAGUGUAGCGUGUUGAUGAGUUGUUACAUACAGUGUAGCAUGUUGAUGAGUUGUUACAUAUAGUGUAACGAGCGGAUUCAUUUUUUAAUACAAUGUAACGAGCUGAUGAUUGUGUUCUUGGAUGCAGUGAAAUGUGCUGACCGUGAUCCUAGACACAGUGUAAUAAUACACUGCUUCUGAUAAUCCCAAUCACAAUGGAAUGUGCUGCAAUGCUUUCCAUACAGCAUGGGAUGUGCUGCAAUGCUUUCCAUACACCAUGGGAUGUGCUGCAAUGCUUUCCAUACACCAUGGGAUGUGCUGCAAUGCUUUCCAUACACCAUGGGAUGUGCUGCAAUGCUUUCCAUACACCAUGGGAUGUGCUGCAAUGCUUUCCAUACACCAUGGGAUGUGCUGCAAUGCUUUCCAUACACCAUGGGAUGUGCUGCAAUGCUUUCCAUACACCGUGGGAUGUGCUGCAAUGCUUUCCAUACAUCGUGGGAUGUGCUGCAAUGCUUUCCAUACACCAUGGGAUGUGCUGCAAUGCUUUCCAUACUCCAUGGGAUGUGCUGCAAUGCUUUCCAUACACCGUAGGAUGUGUUGCAAUGCUUUCCAUACACCAUGGGAUGUGCUGCAAUGCUUUCCAUACACCAUGGGAUGUGCUGCAAUGCUUUCCAUACUCCAUGGGAUGUGCUGCAAUGCUUUCCAUAGUCCAUGGGAUGUGCUGCAAUGCUUUCCAUACACCAUGGGAUGUGCUGCUUUACAAAAUGUGUUGAUACAAAGUUUAUGUACACAGUGCAAUGUGCUGCUCUAUCCUUAACUCGUAAUAAAUAAAUAUUUAUAUAUAUAUAAAGCAUGACGCCCGCCCUUAACUUGUCCAUUCUCUCCCCAGCCCUGCUCAGCGCCGCAGAUUCACAUCAUACGAGUAAUGUCUUUGUUUGGAGAGGGGGAGGGGAAUGGGUUGGACUGUGGUGAAGGGACAAUAUGUUUAAGUCUUAUGGUGGAUGAACUGGUGGAGGCAUGAACAUUAGGUUUACUAAAGUAAUUGAGGUUUUGGUGUAGAAAUUAAAAGGUAUAAGGGACCAAGUGGCAGUAAUUACGUCCUAUCCAUCUUUCUGUGCUAUACCCAUUACUAGUGUCUUCCUCCGUAUUAAUCCUGUCUGUUCUCCUCACACAGUCUUACCUCCCUGUUUUAUGGUGAGCCAAGUGACAAGGAAAAGUCCCCUUGUGAAGUGAGCCCUUCAGAACUGAGAAGUAAAGAUGGGGUGAGUAAACAGAAACAUGGUAGGCUGUGUUUAGUAGUGCCUGUCCUGGGGCUAGAACUGUUUGUAUGUUGACGAGUAAACAAUGGAGAGGGUUUUUUUUGCUUUUGUUUUGUUUUUUGUUGGGUCUAGGGUUAUUGGUAAGCUGUGUAAAGAAACCGUGUAAGGUUGGGUAGUCAUUUUACAUCAGAGAGAAGAUCCAUGAGUGAGUUGUGUUGGUUGUUCUUGGUAUACAGGAGAGGGAUCUUUGUUAGUUGGGUAUUCUUGGUAUACAGGAGAGGGAUCUUUGUUGGUUGGGUAUUCUUGGUAUACAGGAGAGGGAUCUUUGUUGGUUGGGUAAUCUUGGUAUACAGGAGAGGGAUCUUUGUUGGUUGGGUAUUUUUGAUAUACAGAAGCGGAAACUUUGUUGGUUAGGUAUUCUUGGUAUAACCGAGAGGGAACUUUAAACACAAACAAAUACUCAAAGAGUUUAAGGUGUCUAGGUGCUUCAGGACACUUAUAGGGUGUGUAUAGAUAUAGGUGUUCUCAGUCACCUUACAAUAGAACAACAACUCUGGUAAUUAUGACACUACCACAAAUGUAUACAACACUCAGUGUAACACUUAUAGUGAGAAACAUAUAUAUACUUCCCAGUAGUCACUUUCUGUAGUUACAACUUUGCAUCUCCCAUAGAAUCUAUCAGAAAUAAAUGUAACCACACAUAGUGAAAUCUGUAUAACAACAGUAUAAUGGAAAUAAAAUAUAACAUUUCACUCACAAAUAUAGUGGUGUGCCAGGCUCUAUAAAAUCAGUAUAAGGGUGCCAGUGGUUGGCUACGGAGAUAUCUCAGAUGGAGAUCCACAGCAAUUCCAGAAAAAGCAUUUAUUGAUAUAAAGCAAUAAAGUCAGGACAUAUGUAAGCAGUGUCCUAAGGAAAAACGUACACUACCGCAAUAUGCAAUAAGUCCUGAAUAUAAAUAAUAUAUGUCCUGAUUUUAUUGUUUUAUAUCAAUAAAUGCUUUUUCUGGAAUGCUUGGUUGGAUAUUCUUAGUAUAACAGAGAGAGAAUUUUGUUGGUUGGGUAUUCUUGGUAUACAGGAAAGGUAACUCUGUUGGUUGGGUAUUUUAGGUAUACAGAAGCGGGAACUUUGUUGGUUGGGUAUUCUUGGUAUAAUGGAGACGGAAAUGUGUUGGUUGGAUAUUCCUAGUAUAACAGAGAGGGAACUUUGUUGGUUGGGUAUUCUUGGUAUAAUGGAGAGGGAACAUUGUUGGUUGGGUAUUCCUGGUAUACAGAACCGGGAACUGUGUUGGUUGGAUAUGCCUGGUAUACAGAACCAGGAACUUUGUUGGUUGGGUAUUCUUGGUAUAAUGGAGAGGGGACUUUGUUGGUUGGAUAUUCCUGGUAUACAGAACCGGGAACUUUGUUGGUUGGGUAUUCUUGGUAUAACAGAGAGGGAACUUUAUUGGUUGGGUAUUCUUGGUAUACUGGAGAGAACAUUUUGUUGGUGGGGUAUUCGUGGAAGACCGGGAAGGGAACUCUUAGGUUGGUAUUCAUGGUAUACCAGAAAGGGAGAAGUGUUUUUGAGUUGUUUUGAUGUACCAAAGAGGCAGCUUUUUCAGUUAAAAAAUCUUGGUAUACCUGGAAAGGAGGCAAGCCAGUUUGGUGCUCUUGAUAUACAUGAGUGAGCUAUGCCAAGUUGGUUAUCUUGAUAUGGCAAUUGGAAAAUCAGCGUAGCGGUCUUGCUGUGGUGAACUGACUUUCUCUACCAUACAGUAUAGAAAAUAAGGAAUGCUACUUAAUUGGAUGAUGUUAGCACACCAGGAAAUAUAUUUGAGAUUGAGUUGAACUAAGUGGUCUCGGUACUCCUGAGAAUAAACUAGACAAAGAUUUAGUGUUUUAUGUUUUAGGCAGGAUAUCAAAGAAGAAACAUUGGAUGGAUGGUUUCGGUAAACAUAUCUACUACACAACAAAACUAAUAAACAAGCAUUUAAAACCUCUUCCUUUCUUUUUGCUUACAGGGAUUCUGCUCCUGGCUGAGUUCACUCUACCAGAUAAAGUGAGAACCUCCCUUGGGGUCAGGGCUUGGGAGCACAUGGUUUGAAAUAGGUCCAGGUUGAGAUCUACGCAUAGUGAGAUGAGAAGGUCACAUUAAUGUUUUAAUUGUUUUCAACACAAGGGAGCAUUAUUGAGGUAGAAUUGUAAGGUUUGUUAGUCUCUAAUGUGUAAUAUUAUUGUAACGAGUGUGGAAAUUUUGAGAAAUUCUAGAAAAGGGCAUGUUAUUAUUGUUAAAGGGGGAUGUCAGGAGAUCUUUGGGUUGGUUUAGGACAGUCAAGUGAAGGGGAAGUUUUGCUAAUGUGUGAGAUUCGCGUUAGUGGCAAGAUGAAGGACUUUAUUUUUAGGAAUUAAGUAAUUCAGGGGGCUCAUAUUGUUGUAGUUGAUUUACUGCAAACCAAUUAGUUUGAAUGACUAUCUGUUCCUGUCCAAAUUAAAGAUAAUAAAGUUGCGUGCACGCAGAAGUAAAUUCACACUGAGACACAGAGUUCAGGUUAAUGAAAGAACUUCGGAGAAGUUUAAUGGCUUCUGUUUAAAAAGCAGGCUCGCAGGCCCUUUUAAAGGCAUUAUUACAUCAUUGAAGAAAAUCAAGAUAUAGACAAAUAGACAUUGUUAAUUGGCUUAGGUGCUAAGUAGUUAGUAAAAUGCCCUCCCUAUGGGGUGUACCAUCCUAGGUCACUAUCCUCGUCAUGAUUAUCUCCUCCAGGUUUUAGCGCCAUUUUGCUAACAUGAGGAGCUCACUCGACGGGAGGGGCCUUUUGGCAGCUAUCCAUUUAGAGUGUAGCUGGCACUGUUAGUUUCUCAAGGUUAGGUUUCAAGGCUUUUAGUAAAUACACAUUUUAUCAAAGCUAUUUCUUGCUGACAUGCAAAUUCUAUGUUCUAUAGACAAAGCUUUCUUGUAAAACUAUGGGGCCUCUUAGAGGUAUAGCAAGAGGAUUUAAAGGGGCCUUACAGUUUUAUAGAGGCCUAAUAAUUCUACAACAAUAUGAAGGGGUUAAUUAUCUGGGGAGAGGUAAAGUUAGGAUGCAUUAUUUUGGGAUAUGGUUAUGUGGAAGAGUUCUUUAUUGAGGGAGGGCUGUGAUAAGCCAAUGUUAUUGGAGAAAGGUGUGAGGUUAGGAGGUCUUAGUUAAAGGAGCAUUAUUUAGGGGCCUAGAUGAUGAUAGGUGUUGAAACGUGAAGGAGAAGAUUCAGACUGCAACACUCUUUCCAUUCACAGGGAUGAGGAGAUCCAAAGCAAAUGUGGUGCAGAUGCAAUCACAUACCUGUCCUAUCAGCGCCACCUCCUUGUGUUGUUGCUGCUGGCUUGUGUUCUGUCUGUGGCCAUCAUUCUGCCAAUCAACUUUUCUGGAGAUCUGCUGGGUGAGUAUGACUCUUAAGGCUCUGUCAGAAACCUUUGAUAUUUUUUGUAUACAUACAUUAAUGAUUUAAUAUAGUACCUAUGUUCAAUGAAAGUGCAAAGGUCAAGCUAAAAGCUCUUUCCUGACAGAAAUGGUAACUGCCCAUAUAUCCAUCCUGCCCAAACCUGGUCCCACACGACAUUCACAAACAUUUGGCCUAGUAGACUAAACCCAUUGCUUCUAUGUUUGAUUACUUCUAACGUAGUGGGGUUUUGGUAAUAGCUGCCAAGCCUAAGACAAUACUAGGAAGGUGACCUCACAUAUUACAGUUGCAGGAGGUCUAUAAGUUUGACAGGUGGCUAGAUUAUCCCUUGAUUUUAAGAAUUAAAGUCACCAAUUUAUUGCACAGCCUAUACAAUAGAAAACUUCCACUUUUGUGGAAAUACCUUCACAAAUAGUCAUAGGCGCACCUCCUAGUUUGGAAGAAUAGCAGCUGUUAAAAGAAAACUUUAAGCACUAAAACGUAUUGUAAUGCUUAUAGUGCCAGGUGUAUCCCGGUACCACCAGUGUAAGUUGUUAAACAAUUUAAGAAUAAAUUGACAACUUACCUGGGGUCUGCUAUGCUUCCUCUGGACUCCUCUCUGUGUUAUCCUUUUCUUGACAAAUGGAAUAUGUUAGAGACACUAUAGUUACCAAAACAACUUUACUUAAUGAUGCCGUUUUGGUGUAUAGAUCAUACCCUGCAGUCUCACUGCUCAAUUCUCUGCCAUUUAGGAGUAAAAUAACGUUGUUUAUGCAGCUCUUGCAUGUCAUUUACACAGCCUUCCUAAACGCUUCCUGUAAAUAGAGAUCUAAUGUGUGCACUUCCUUUAUUGCAAAUUCUGUUGUAUUCAGAAUUUCUUAUCAUCUUCUCUGUUAAUAACUUGCAAGAGCCUGCAGGAGCCUCCUGUAUGUAAUUAAAGUUCAAUUUACAGAGCAGAAGAUAAAAACGUUUUUUUUUAUGCAGUUGAUUUCAUUUAGGCUGUUUCAGUCACAACCAGGGGAGGUGUGACGAGGGCUGCAUAAACAAAAGUGAUUAAAAUCUAAUUUUUUGCAAUUUAGAUGCUAAGAGGCAUGAUUUAUACACUAAACCUGUUUCAGACUGCAGUCUCCCUUUAAUUACAAAACCAAGUCAGACACAAAUAAAUACCAGUGCCUCAGUUAAUUUUAAUCACUGCCAUGUUGCCCAUAAGACCACAUAUGCAGUCAUCCACAUUACUGCCAUGUUGUCCACAUAUUCAGAUACCCAUAUCUUUUGUUACACUUAUACAUUAUAACCUCAAAGCGCUCCAACCUAAUCACAAGCUGUCACUUUGUCUCUGUGUCUGCAGGUCACAGUCCGGCUCAGUUUGGUCGUGCCACCAUUGUUAACGUUCCCACACAGUGAGUAUGAGUGUAUUUGACCCCGGAUAACCUACGGCUGGAUAACUUGCUCCUGUAACUUGCUCCUGUAACUUGCUUUAUGUAAUCCUCAGGGACCGGUUUUUGUGGGUGCACAGUGUGUUUGCGUUUCUGUACUUUGUGUUCACUGCUCUGAGUAUGCGGCAUCAUUCGGCCUCUUUACACUACAAGGAGGAUGACAAGGUAAGAGUCCAGCAACAAUUGAUCCCUUCUGUGGCAUCCUCAUGCAUUCCACUUAAAAAUAAAUAUUUUGUACCAAUUGGUCACAUACAAAAAGUAAAUCCUGUUUAACAAUGGGCCAACACAACUUAUUAUGCUAUGAGUCAUAGUGUGGCACAGAAAACACUAAGCUAUCAGGGUGCAGUCUGUGGACAUAUGGUUACAUGUUUUGUUUUAUUUUGCAGGUGGCAAGAACGCUGAUGGUCAGUCAUAUUCCCCAGGAGAUCUCGGAUACUUCUCUUCUCAUUAAACAUUUCCAGUGAGUUCUUUCUUUUGUAUUAAUUUAAACUUGUCGUAAAAUAAUUCACAAUGUAAGAUAGGAAGAACAGGGGACAACCCAUACCAGAGGACUGACUAAACAGCAAAUUUAAUGGCUGCACCAAUUCAUCUGAGUGGAUGGAACAAAUUCUCUCCCCGCAGAAGUAGGGUGAUUUUACCUUAAGCAAAACUGCCUCUUGUUUGACAGCUGGAAGUGAUUGUAACUAAACCAAUGUUUGUGUCACAGUGAGGCAUACCCCAGCUGCACGGUGACUGAUGUCCAGUUCUGCUUUGAUGUCAGGAGGCUGAUAAAAUUGGACUCAGAGAGGUGAGCGACACAAAGUUGGCAUAUGUGGGGUUAUUGGUGGGCACAUACUCAAGUGAUUAUAUACCGUUUGCCCCAUCAACUUUAUGCAGGUCUCUCACCUGGUGGACACUCCCCUAGGGGACCAAAUGGGAGACUGUGACAAAAGACAGACAAGUAGACAAAUAGGACACACAGUCACAGUAUAUUCCCAAAAUGCAUCCUGGCUUCCUCCCCUCUGCCCUGGAGAAGUAAUUCAAUUAUCUCCCAGGACAAAGGCAAAACUCCAUUACACACGUGGGGACACAAAGACAGACUAUCACUUUAAAAUACAUAAUGGGACAAAUGGUACAGUAAAUAUAUACAUGUAACAUAUCCCCAGAUAGCUCAGGUCUGAGUGCACAUUAUUAGGUGAAUGGCACUCAGACCACACGAAUACAGUUUAAUUGCCAUGGAGCCAAAGUCUCUAAUUCCACGAACAGGCUCCAUGGCAUGGCUAUCUGGGUUAAAACAUUCCCCCAACACAAAAUACAGAAUUUACAUGUGUUCGUUAAAUCCGUACGAAUUAGAACCAGGGGUUGGAGGUUCAGCGGUGCCUGCACGUAAAAGUGUCCGGGUUUGGUGCAGGAAAGCCGGGCAGAAAAGCGCUGGCUGCACGGGGAGCUCCAGAACACCGCCAUCGUGUGGCGGCUAAGUGUAACCGCGACCACCCAGUAACAAUCAAUUAAGCUGCGGUUAACCGCAGCUACUGGGUGGUCAAUUGCCGGCACACGCUCGUUAAGCCGCGGUUAACCGCGGCUUCAGGGAGGUAAAUGGAGGGCACAUUCCAGCUUCUGGGUGGCCAAUUAAGGUCGUAGGCCGGCUUCCCACGGCUCUGGGGAGGCUGAAAAGAAACUGUUUGUUCGGUAGAUAGAAUCUACCGAACGGCUGUGCAGAAAGGGAGAAAUAAAUCCUUCAGUAAAAUUAACUCUUUAGCUGCCGGUCCAUAAUCCAAAGGCAGCAGAUGGGCAACCAGGCUCCUCCAAUGCAAUGUGGCGAGAUUGGUCUCAUCACAAUUAUAUUAUAUAUUUAGCAAACAUAUAGAAUAUAUAAAUACAGAUUCUUUUAGUAUUUUUGUAUUAUUAUUAAUAUUAUUAUUUUAUUUAUUUAUUUUACUUCCACUCCUCCUCUUCUCUAUUGGUUACUUUUUCCCACUUGAUCGCUGAACUCAAUGGUAAAAUUAUAUUUUUAUAGCAAAUCUUUCAGUCUGCAUUGCAGUUCACAGAUUGGCCCAUUUUCAUGCCCUUUUUAGUUUGGCUAAAUGUUUUCUGUAAAUAGUUUUCAUGAACGAUGUUGAGCCAAGUCGAACUGUUACAGGAAAGAGUGUGUCGAACAAAAAUGGGGAAAAAUUAUUUGUCCAAAAGGAUCACUCCUGCCGUGCACAAGUCUAGCGCUCGUUCUUAGCUUAAUGUGUUCUGUUUGUCUCUCCCCAGGCGCAAGGCUAUGAAUGGACGCAUGUAUUUUGCUGGACGAGCUCAAAAAGAAGGAAAACUAAUGAUCAAAACUCACCCACUUGCUCGAUUGUGUCGCUGUGACUGCUGGGGCUUUAAACAGGUGAGAAAGAGGCUAAAUCGUGGAGGGAUGGUGGGCUGGUGUGUCUGUCUGAGCUGUCACUGGAUAUGAGCCUUCUUAUUUCCUUUCUCUCUUGUAAUUAAUUUCUGGUCUCUCCAGUUCACCCAGUGCUGGUGGUUGUUCGGUUUACGUUCAUUGCGCAUUCUUUUCUUCACUGCUCCCAAUCUAACAUUGACCCACAUGUUCUGUGAUCUGUGUGCAUCUCUGUUGAAUGUGGAAAUAAGAGAUUCUGCCAUUUCUCUGAUGUCUCCAGGUAGAAGCUGAACAGUAUUACGCAGAGCUGGAGGAGAAAUUGACUGAUGAGUUUACUGCUGAACGGAACCGGGUCAUGUUAAAGAGACUGGGGAUGGCGUUUAUUACCUUCCAGGAUGAGAGAAUGACUGCAGUGUACGUGGCUAGAACUCUGUAAACUGCAGGCAGCUUACUGUGAAGAAACCUCCCAUCUCUAUCACUGUCCGGCUGCAUCAAAUACGCCACAUGCAUUCUCCUACUUAUAGCGUUCGCAUUACUACUUCAACCACGUUUUCCAUGAAAGCUUUACAUUCCAUACACUAUUGGGGGGUGCGUUAAUUGUGACGCCCAGCUGUAUGUAGAAUUUUAGGUCUACCAGAAGAAAUUUAAUUAACUAAUCGCUGUGGUUGAAGAAAUCCAUUUACUACUAGCAUUACUAGUAUCCUGAUAGUUAGUAGAAUUCUAGCAGUCAGAAAAAAUAUGUGUGAGGUGCCAAAUCUUUAUUAUCAGACAUGGUUAUUGUUAAGGAGGAGAUUUAAGCAAAAUAGAGAUGGAACAAUGUAACCUAAUAGAAAUUAGUUGAAUUUCUGUAACUGGCAAUUUGGGUGGAAUUAAUCUAAUUGUGAUGGCUCUCCCUCCUUUCAGGAUUAUACAGGAUUACAGCCGCCCCCAUUGCCGCCGGGCCCCCCAGCAAUCCUCGGUCACGCCGAUACUACAGUCUCACCAGUGGGAAGUGCAAUACGCUCCUGCACCAAUUGAUAUCAUUUGGUACGAUACCUCAAACUCUGACCACAUUGUCGGCAGGAUCUUUCCUGAUAAUAUGUGAAUCUUACUGAUGAUGUUACACGUAUAACACUAAUCAUUUUUACUUUGAACACUGUGCCCAACAGGGAGAAUCUGGCGGUGACUGGGACGGUCUGGUGGCUUCGCUUUGCAGCGUUGAAUUUGGCCUUGUUCCUGCUCCUCUUUUUUCUCACUACACCUGCUGUCAUCGUGAGCACCAUGGACAGAUUCAAUGUCACCAAUCCAGUGGAAAGCCUGCAUGUGAGGAGUGUUUGGGGUAUUCUUGCCCUUGACAGGCUUCUUCUGCUAUCUACCCCUUUGUAUCUUGUUGACAACUCUGGUGUCCCCCAUCUAUCCUUUACUUCCCCUCACUCUUGCCUUGUCUUCUGCCGGUCACUCAGACCAUCUUAUGUUCUUCUCCCUCCUCCCAUAUUCUCAUUGUCUGUUCUUAUUACUCACCCUUUACCCACACACUUACCCUUCAUCUCUCCCUUACUCUCAUUGUCUGAACCUUCAUCUCCCCCUCACUCUUGCUGUCUGUCCAUUCAUCUCCUGUUCACAAUGUUUCCCAAAUAUGUUCCCCAUCUUACACUCCAUUCAUUCUUCCCCCCCCACCCUGAAUGUCUCACUCUCACUGUUCUCCGGUUUCACGGUUACCCUCACUCUCUUUCUCACAGAAUCCAGUGAUCACUCAGUUCCUCCCCACAUUCCUUCUGUGGAUGUUCUCCGUCUGCCUCCCAUUUUUGGUUUAUUACUCUGCAUUCCUGGAGUGCCACUGGACCAGGUAACGCUCUCACACCCAUAACAGGCCCCUAUGGUUUUCUAUCAACCCCACCCCUUUCCUUAAACAUCAUCCCCUAUAUCUUACACAAAAACAGAAAUAUAUUAUUGUGAAGUAAGUAGCAACCAAUCUAAACUACAAAUAAUUUGAUCCAUUCUAAAACCUGCAAGCUAAUAUUUAGGCUGGUAGUGCUGAAUACAUCCAAUGCAUCUUUAAAUUACCUUGUUUUAACCUCAUCGGCUAAAAGAUGAUUUGAAGGAUAAUUUACAUUUCAUUUUAAUUAUUUUAUCUAAAGUGCUUUAGUUUUGUUUUGAUGCUAGGUCUAAUGAGAAUCGGCUGACAAUGCACAAGUGUUACUUCUUCCUCGUAUUCAUGGUUAUUAUCCUGCCUUCUCUGGGUCUGACCAGGUACUUUCCACCCAGCAACUUGCAUUCCUGCACAGCCACAUGUUCUGCUUUCUGUAUCCCCACUUCCCUUGUCCUUCUUUCUACUUAAUGACUUCCCUCCUCGUUCUGCUUCUCACUCGUGCUCUCCUCCACUUCCCUCUUCUUCAACCUCCUUGAAGUUGACUUCCCUCUAUGCUGUCUUUCUCCUCUAUCAAACCGUGUCCCUUCCCUCUGCCUAAUUACAGCACCCCUUUAUUCUGUAUUCACCUGUACAUUUAAGAUUUGGCCAUAUACCUCCCUAAUUUUCGCUCCAUAAUCUCCUAAAUUAUUUCUUUUUUUUUUUUCAUUGCAGCUUGGAUCUGUUUUUUCGCUGGUUAUUUGAUAAUCAUUUUCUGGAUUCUGCGAACAUGAAAUUCCAGUACGUAUGUGUUACUGCUGAGAGGGGCUCUCUGUUGCAUCUUGUUUAAAGUCAAAUGAUACCAUACACUCUCAUGCAAAAUAAUAUCCGCCAACCAUGCAUAAUUGUUGAUUUUUCUUACAAGGGUAUUCGUAAAAGAUUUUUGGUGAAUAAUACAGCAAACCAAUUAUAAGUUUCCCUUAACACUGGUUGAUAUCAAAACAAUUGCCCUAUGUGCCGCCAUUUGUGUGAGGUAGUGAAAAUAUUAAAAACUUACAAAAUAAAACACACAGUCAUCCGAAGGGACUACACAGUUUGUUUUAAAAAAUGCAUAAAUGGACCUCACUCAAACUUAGAAACCCUGGAAUUUCCAAUAACUCUCACAAUUCUCUGGUGACCUCUACUCUUCUGGAUGGCUCGGAUCCGGAGCUACGCUUGGGACUCGCUUGUCCCUUGUAUGGCCCCUAGCAUUAUUUAAACAAACAGAGUAGUUCCUUCGGAGGAAUUAUGGUUUUAACAACCUUUUAAUUAAGGACAGUCAUUUAUAUUGAGGGGGAAAAAAAACAAGAAUUACAUUUUUAUUUCAAUUUUUUUUCUAAGCAAAAAUGCACAUCUCGACUGGGAAAAAAACUAUUACAAAGUAUUACAGAUAUAGAUUUAUCUUUCUUGUGCAAAUUCCUAUCUCUGCAAUAAUUACUUCAAUGUUAACGUGUUAUUCCUUUGUAAUUGUGCUCAAUGGAAUGUAUUUCUGAUAAGGAAGGCUAUGUUACUCCAACUGGAUGUAAUGCUGAUUUAAUAAUAUUUUGUACAUUUUUUUUAAUAUUUUCACUGCUUCACAGAAUUGGUGGCACAUAAAGCAAUUGUUUUGAUGAUAUCCUGUGUUGAGGCAAACUCACAGCAUAUUUAGAAAAUACCCUAGAAAAUUACAAAUUCAAUCAGGGUCCAGUGGCCAUAGGGAGCAGAGGAAGGUAAGUUUUACUUACCUCGAGCUAUCCCUGGUAGCUUCUGCCAUUCUCCUCUUAUAGGUCCUCUUCAACUCCUGGAGCUUCUGUUGACAGGACCAGAGUCAGUGCUGUAAUCUUGCGCUUGUGAAAGAGUACAGCACUGAGGUCAAUGGCGGUUCCUGCAAGAAUGCAGGAGCCCCCAUACAAUGAUGCUGGUAUCCCACAGCUGUCACUUGUGAUGGCUGCUGGGAUUGGACAAAUGUUGAUGGUACAUCUCUGCAUUUUGUCAACCUCAGGCUUGUCCAUAAAACAGAGUAGUCCCUAGUUUGUCUUGACUGUACAAUCCAAAGACAGCAUAUCUUGUUUGUUAUUUAAAAGUGGUUUGUUGUAAUUUUUUCCUCAAAUCCUUUCUGCUUAAGAGAGUGCAGCAUCAUUUGAAUUUAAAUAUUUUUGUAAGGCUACCUUUUGGGGGUUGACCGAUACCUGCACCCCAAACAGCUGAGUGCCAGCAACAUAGGUAGAUUUUUUUUCGUUGCGUCUUAAUAACAAUUCUGCUAUUGGGAAUAUGUGUCCUAUUACCCUGGACCAUAUAUCUUCCCAAAUUACAUAUCACUGUAAUUAUGUACUUUCAAUACUACUCCAUACUGCUUGCUGUGUAGCUGUUUCCUUAUACCUGUCUGCUGGUGUUCCAGGUGUGUCUUUCUUCCUGAUAAUGGGGCGUUCUUUGUCAACUAUGUGAUUACCGCAAGCCUGAUUGGCACAGCUAUGGAGCUGCUUCGCAUCCCUGGGCUGACCGUCUACGCUACACGUCUGUGUUUAUCCAAGACUGAAGCUGACCGUUUACACGUCAAACGAGUAAGAGUGUGAUCAUUAGGGGAGGUGCUGUAAUGCUGGAAUUCAAAUUAGGAUCUAAUGGAGAGAUUUCUUAUUACAGAAUCAUGCAUACGAAUUCCAGUUCGGUCUUGAAUAUGCUUGGACCACUUGUGUCUUUUCCGUGGUGAUGACGUAUAGUAUCACUUGUCCCAUCAUUGUCCCCUUUGGUAAGUGGAGACAGCUAAUUUUUGCAUGCAAUUCUCUCUAUUCUGAUUUUCCCUUGUUCUUUUGCCUUCUAUUCAGUGAUAGAACAGUUUCUUUAUCCAAGGAGAUCUGACUGCCAUUCAGGGGCCGGGAUUUUUUCUUUUUGUGUGUUUGUUACAAAACUGAGAAGAAGCACUUCAAACGGUUUUUUUUUUUCUUUCUUUUGGAUCAAUAGCAAAAAUAGAUGUGAGAAACUUGAUGGCUGCAAGUCUUUGUCCUCCCCGACCCUCCCAGUCAUUACAAUGCUGCAUUUCUCGGUUCAUUUUUUUUUCUGUGCAUCCUUUUUUGUCCGUGUAAUACCCUUUCCCUCAAGCCAUUAUAAUUCUCAUCCCUUACCAACAUGGUAUCUAAGUGCAGUUGCAUAUUUUCUGUGUCUUAGGCCUCCUGUACCUGCUGCUGAAACACAUGACCGACCGCUACAAUAUUUAUUACGCGUAUAUUCCUACAAAGCUGAGCCCCCAUCUUCAUACUGCUGCCGCCCAGCAACUGCUUGCAGCACCAAUCCUCUGCAUGUUUUGGCUCCUGUUCUUCUCUUUGCUACGUCUCGGUAAGGAUGCCGUGAUUAUUAAUUAAUAAAUAAACUACAGCACCUAAACAGCUUGACACCUUCCUCGCUCUGUCUAGCACCCACAGUCCUUCUGGUCUGCACCGAUGUGCUAAAUUAGUCACUGACUUCCACGUUAGCAACACACCAAUUGUGGCCAUUUUUCAUCGGCUGAGAAGUGUCCACUGACACUCAUAGACCAGAAGGACUGCAAGUGACCCAUCGGGCUGGGUAAGUGUUACUCUGUUAGUAAACUCUUUAAAAUUUUACUGUGUGGAUAGCACCAUAACUACUACUGCUGUCGUUUUUUUAUAGUGCUAAGAAUAUCUCUUUAAAGGCACUGAGCGCAUCACCUCAGUCUAGUUGUGAUGUGCACAUAUUGUCUAUACAGUGUUAAUUAAAAGUCUGCGGAUUGGUUUAAUAUUUGACUAUCCAUCACCAGACACAUUGGAUUAUAAUUUUGUUGUUUUAUUUUAAACAAAACGGCCACUUUAUCAAAACUGGCAGGUGCAAAGGGAGCUUUGUUUUCCCUGGUUAAUUUAAUGACAAAACAAGUGAUUUAAAAUAACUAGUGCAGGUGGAUUUUGUUACAUUUAUUGUUAGUGGUUUCAAAAAGCAGGCUGUACACCUCAGUGCUAUUCAGAGUAAUUCUGUUGGCAUACUUCGUUACGCCACUGUCAGGCUUCCUCUGGACUCAUUUUCUCUCUUCCCCUCAGGUACCACACAUCCCGUUACUUUAUUCACAUUUGCCUCCCUUCUCCUAUGUUUGCUAUUCUCCAUUUUUGGACUCUGUCUGCAGCGGCUACAACCAAAGAGACCAUCCAGCUAUCAGGUGAGGAAAUGACCUCUUUCCGCUACUGGAACGGGAUACUUAAUAACCCUUUACCUCUCCAGAAAAAAUGUUUCACCAAACCGCAUUCAUUAUUUAUUUAUUUAUUUAUUUAUUUUCUUCUUCCUCCUCUAUCCCACAGAUGUCAGAACAGGCUGAUGGGAUUAUUCAGGAUGCAGAACGUAGCAGUAUCUCUUCCGCCAUCCAAUCCAAUGUGAGUAUCGUAGCUCCAUAGCAGAAUCUUACUGUAAAUUUAUAAUCUCUCCACCAUCCCCAUCAUGACUACACUCGAUUUUGCUCCUUCCAACUGUUCUCCUACCUUGUCUGGUGCCCUAUAUUUAAGCAAAUUAUAUUCAGAUGGACAAAUUUUCCAAGCUGGGCUAGUAGCUAAGUGGGAGAAUUUUAUCCAAAUCUGCUAUUAUAGUCUCAAGUUGCCGUUAAUUCAUUAAUAUGUUGUGUAGUGAAACCUUUUUUGUAAUUUUUUCUUUUGUUUAGGCAUUUAUGGCCUCAGUCCUGCAGGAUCAAGAACUCACCCCCCUGGCCUCUCCUGCUCAUGCCUCGUAUGGAGCUCUGGAGACACGGGCGGACCUCUCAGAGGAGGAGCCAGAGAUAACACCGGAAAACUCAGACGAUUCUUGUCAUUGACAGUGCCGAUGUGUAACUGCAGAUCGGGGAUCUUGGCUACUUGCGAGUCAGUGUUUCCUUCCUGUUUUUGCAGUCUAUGAGCUCCUCUCUGAAUAUUGUACGGGUCAGUGCCGCACUGCUGCUAAGGUCUUGUGUGGUCAGCGAGGUAUGAGAGUCUUGGCCUUGUUUAGCUGGCUCCAGACUCACUUAAGUAUGGUCACGGGCUGAUUUCUGUCUGGCCCUGUAGUGGGUCGAUAUCUAUUACCAGCCAGGGCUGUGUAUUAGAGGAAGCCUUGCCUGGGCAGUGUGCAGAACAGUAAUGCGAUUAGAGUCUCAUACUUCCUAAUACUGUAAAGAAUCCAUUGUUGAAUUUAAGAUGCUAUAAUAUAUUUUGCUGAGAAACUGCACUCGAAGGUGCACAGCCAAGUUGUUACCUGCUUUUAUGAGGCCUGGCCAAGCAGCUGCUACACUGGGACAUAUGCAGCAUUUCCAUAAAAGAAACACGUUGGGUUCUCUGUGCUCUUAAUGCAACAUGCACUCUGUGACGUGCAACCUCUCCUGUCACGCUCACCCGUUUCUCCACUUGAGCUGCAUUUCCUGGCUAUAUAUUUUUCCCAAGUGUGGGGAAUCAAUACAUAUUGCAUUUAAAAAAUGUUAUUUAAAAUGUGCUGAUUUUGCCAAAUAUAAUUUUAAAAGUAAGUGUGUGCACGUGUUUCUUUUUUUUUUCCUCCUUCCUUUUUUCUAAAUAUUUAGGUGGAUUAGAUCU